AUGAAGGUCACUAUCAAGGGCUACAACGCCGUCGCCGAGUGGAAGUGGGCUCUUCCACCAGGUUGCGACGACACGUGCGGCAUCUGUCGCGUCGUCUUCGAGGGCAGCUGCUCGAAGUGCAAGUAUCCGGGCGACGACUGCCCCAUCGGCAAGUCUACUCAUGUCUUCCACAUGCACUGCAUCACCGACUGGAUCCGCUCCGAGGCCUCGCAGGGACGCUGCCCAAUGUGUCGCCAGGUCUUCCGCGAGAAGGUCGCCCACUCCAAGAAGACCAGCGGCUCUGGCCCUGGUCCUGGCAGCGGUGGUGCUGGCGCUGCUAACUCGCGUGCCUCGUCCUCCACUUCCGCUGGCACCGCCCGCUCUCGGUGA